AUGCUUCGAAAUACCCUCUCAUCAGCGAGAUGGACUGUAGAAUGUCGAAACAUCAAAUUAGGGUCGCAGUGGCGAAAUUUCGCCACAGAGAGAACAGCGACACCUAUCAGUCCUUUGAAUCCUAAUGUGUUUCUAGACUAUGAAUCACAACUCAAACGCCUAAAUGAGGUGCGCAAGAGUUCUACCAAGCGACCUUUGACUCUAACGGAGAAAAUACUAUACUCACAUCUGUAUCCACGUCCGGAAAAGAUAUGGGCCCUGGAUGAUAUACAACGAGGAGCCACUACGUUGGAGCUUCGGCCCAAUAGGGUUGCGUGCCAUGAUGCCACAGCAACAAUGGCCCUUUUGCAAUUCAUCAGUGCGGGCCUCACCCGGGUGGCAAUUCCAACGUCUGUACACAGCGAUCAUCUCAUAGUAGCCAGAAAUGGCGCAGAAGAAGAUUUACGUCAGGCAAACAUCGAGUAUGAGGAGAUUUACGCCUUUCUUAGCACGGCGGCGAAGAAAUAUGGAAUUGGUUUCUGGAAACCUGGGGCCGGUAUCAUACACACAACUAUUUUUGAGAAUUACGCUUUUCCAGGAGGAUUGAUAAUUGGAACAGACUCUCACACUCCAAAUGCUGGAGGUCUUGCUAUGAUGGGAAUUGGUGUCGGAGGCUCAGAUGCUGUUGACGCAAUGUCAGGAAUGCCGUGGGAACUAAUUUGUCCCAAAGUCGUUGGCGUACGGCUUACUGGUCGACUUUCCGGCUGGGCGAGCUCGAAGGACAUUAUCUGCAAUCUCGCUGGAAUUGUGACUGUCAGAGGUGGGAAAGGGAAAGUCUUCGAGUUCUUUGGGCCCGGUACGAAUACACUGGGGGCAACAGCCAUGGCAACAGUCUGCAACAUGAGCGCGGAAAUCGGUUCCACAUCAUGUAUAUUCCCAUACACGGAAAGUAUGUCAGCAUACCUCUCUGCAACAAAAAGACGUGGAAUCGCAAAACUUGCCGACGAAUAUGGCAAGCUACUUUUAAACGCUGAUGAAGGCUCAGAGAGCCACUACGACGAUGUCAUUGAAAUCGACUUGGACCGACUGGAACCGCACAUCAAUGGCCCAUUCACACCAGAUCUUUCGCAUCCUCUCUCUGAACUAAAAUCAGCCUUUCGCGAGAACGAUUGGCCAGUUGAAAUCAGUCAUGCAAUGAUUGGUAGCUGCACAAACAGCUCUUACGAAGACCUUGACAAAACAAGACAACUAGUCAGACAAGCAAGAAAUGCCGGAAUCUUGAAGACAAAAGCUCCUUUGUUGGUCACACCGGGUAGUGAGAGUAUUCGAGCCACCGCAGAAGCUGAUGGGAUCUUACAAGAGCUGCGUGAUGCUGGUGCGGUGAUUCUGUCGAAUUCAUGUGGCCCCUGUGUUGGUCAAUGGGAUCGCACGGACGUCAAUGUGAAAGGCAAGGAACGCAACACAGUAAUAUCCAGCUUUAACCGUAAUUUCAUUGGGAGGCACGACUCAAACCCGGAGACAUGUUCGUUCGUCACAUCACCCGAGAUGGUCGCUACAUUUGCAUACGCCGGUCGUAUGGACUUCAACCCUUUGGUCGAUUGUAUUCCUGGUGAGAAUGGCUCGAAGGUCCUUCGCUUUUCUCCACCUAUCGGAAGAGAGCUUCCUCUUCGUUUCGAGAGCGGUAACGAGGCAUACCAGCCACCAGCCGAAAAUUCUGCCGGAAUCGAUGUCAACGUCAAGGCUAACUCAGAUCGUAUUCAGCUGCUUACACCAUUUCCACCGUGGCAGCCGGGAUCAGCGACUAGAUUGCCAAUUCUCGUCAAGGUGAAGGGCAAAUGCACGACUGAUCACAUCUCGCCAGCAGGUCCGUGGUACAAAUACCGAGGCCAUCUAGAAAACAUAUCCAACAACAUGCUUCUUGCGGCAACCAAUGCUUUCCUUCCAGCGAAAGAUAAGCUGGGCCAUGCCGUCCAUCCGCUCGACUUCUCCAUUGUAGACACUAUACCGGAAGUUGCGAAGGAUUUGAAGAGGAGAAACGUCAAGUGGUGUAUCAUUGGCGAUUGGAAUUACGGCGAGGGCUCAUCUCGCGAACACGCGGCAUUGGAACCUCGUUUUCUCAACGGCUUGGUCGUGAUUGCUCGCUCUUUUGCGCGCAUCCACGAGACCAAUCUGAAGAAGCAGGGUAUUUUGCCACUUAUCUUUGCGGACCCAGCCGACUAUGAGAAAAUCGUGCUGGGUGACAGGAUCACAUUGGUGGGCGUUGAGGAAGGCCAGCUUCAACCGGAAAAGCCGGUGACCAUGCGCAUCGACUGUUUAGAUGGAGAGCAAUGGGAGGCGAAGCUCAAUCACAGCUAUCACGCAGGGCAGAUUCCAUGGCUUAGAGCCGGCAGCGCUUUGAAUCAUGCUUUCAUGAGAGCUUCACAGUUAUGAACGCCCCAAUACAGGCAUCUUGAAUGAUCAGUCUCAACGUUUGUUUGAACGUAACGAACAUUGGAACAACAAGUACAGAGCGCCAGCUGAAAGCUCAUAGGUUGAAACCAUCAUGCUCCACCUUCCUUCAACUUGAGGUAUUUAAAUCCAACUGUUUUGCAAUCUACACCUUUAGCCCUCAACGUUCAGAUGAAAUGGUCGACAAAGGGCUUCGAUCAAGCUGAAGGACGGGCUUGUUAACCACAGCAAACUUGUGCCACAAAUACUGUCUACUGUUGCUGAAUGUGUAGAAUACAUGCAUCAUAUCAGCGCAUAUAGCCUAUGAGAAAUUUGAGAUGAAGAUGC